AAAUUAGGUAACAUCUCGAUUAUUGGAAACCUACAGGCCCUUGAGACUCUCGAGUUGGUUUGAUGUAGGAUGGAUGAAUUGCCUAGGGAGAUUGGAAAACUGGUGAAUCUUAAAUUAUUGAAGUUGCAUUAUUGUCAUUUUGAAAGGAGCAAUGUAUUUGAAGUGAUUAGAAGUUGUUCUUCAUUGGAAGAGUUGCAUUUAUUAACCAAAAAAUUUUUUAAAGAUUGCCAUCUACAGCUUCCUAACUAUCAAAGGUUUUGUAUAGUGGAACAUAGCUUCGGGAAAUAUGUUUACCCUGAAUGGUUUUUAAGGAAUUCCCUGCAUGUGGAUAACGCUAUGAAAAUUUUUUCUCAGGAGACAUUGAAGAAUCUAGUUCAAAAAGCAGAAAUUCUUAGAUUAAGUGGACCUCUAGGAGUAUGGAAAAAUCUCAUACCUGAUAUUAUUUUUCCUGAAGAUGAAUCUACGAGUAAUCUAAUGGAGAUUGAAUUGGCAGAUAAUUCACAACUCACAUGCCUAAUUGACAAUAAUGAUUCUCUUGUGCAAAGUGCCUUAUCCGGGUUGGUUAUGCUUAGACUUGAAAGAAUGAAAAAUUUGAAAGAAAUAUGCAAGAUCUCCCUCUGCAAACUUAGAUGCUUGUGUAUCUUGCAUUGUCCAAUGUUGACAUCUCUUUUUGAGUUGUCGACGACACAAAGCCUAUCGUCGUUGGAGACAUUGCGGAUAGGUAGUUGUGAACAAUUGAAAAGUAUAAUAAGAGAUGAAAACAAAUGGAAAGAUUCUGGAGAAGAAAUAGUUGAUACUCAUAAUAAUAACAAAAGUACUAUUUCAAUAUUUCCAAAUUUAACCACUCUUCAUGUCUCCGAGUGUCACCUGUUACAAUUUGUACUUCCGGUGACUCAAAAAAUUCCAAAACUUGAAGAUACUAGUAUAGGCGACUGUGAUGGGCUAAAAUACUUAUUUGGCCGAUACCAACAUGAGCAUGAAGAGGAAGAUUUACAUCAAGAAUUAAAAGACGUCAUAAUAAAAGAUGUUUAUCUAUGGAACUUGCCUAAUUUUGUGGACAUUUUUCAAAAAUGUGAUGAGUCCUUGUGUUCAUUAGUGAAGAAGUCAACUUCCAAAGAUGAGAGCAAAGGACAAAUAGAAUCAAAGUCCAUAACAUAUAAGGUUUUACAUUGGAUCCAUAAAUAUAAAAACAAAGGGAGAACUACCAAAAUUCCUUUCGAUUCCAAGGAUCAAUUGCAAGACUCUUCUCUCUCAAUGGUAAAUGAGCCCAAUGCAAAUGAUGUGAUUGCACAAAAUAUGAGUGUGGAACUGAAAAAUUUGAAUGAUACAUCCAAGAUUCUUUUCACUCUACAAAACGUUACUGUGUUACGUAUUGAGAGUUGUGAAAAAGUUGAAGUACUAUUUUGUGCUUCUAUGCUGGAAUGCUUACCAUAUUUAGGGGCACUUAACAUCUAUAGAUGCAAUGAAUUAAAACAGAUAAUUGAUGAGGAUGCAAAGAAUCAGAGAAAGCCAUUUUUCCCAAGGCUGAAAGCACUUAUCAUAAGAGAAUGCAACAAAUUGAAAUGCAUCUUUCCCGUUUCAACUUCCAAAAUGGUACCCAUGUUAGAAGCUCUGUUAAUCAUGGAAGCAAGUAUGCUAGAGGAAGUAUUCGAGGGAAACAGUGAUGAAAAGGUUGAGAUUCCAAAUCUGAAAACUGCAGGCUUUGUUGAACUUCCAAGCCUUCGCCAGAAGAUUGAAUUUCUUACCGUAAAACAUGGUUUGGUGAGGAAUUGUCCAAAACCGUACAUCUCUUCAUUCCCUCAAGAUCUCAAACAUUUUUCAUAUUCUUUGACAGAAUAUUUCAAAAAUCGGGAUCUCCAUGAGCAAAUAAGUGGAGCUCUUGAUAAUCUUAAACCCGAAGAGAUUGGCAAUGAGAAUCCAAGGAGAGAAGACUCUGGAGUUGAAGCAGCAUCAUGCAGAGGGAGUGAGUUAACUUCAUCACAGAACAAUGCAAACCAAUCUACUCUUGCCAAGAUUGAUGAAGACAACAAACAACGUGAGGAUGUAGUGAAACAAAGCAAAGAAAGAGUAGAGGAAGAACAACUAAUUGUUGUUGGAAAAGCUUCAUCAAUGCCAAUAUCACCAACAGAUUUUCCUCUAGAUAAAACACAUUCACCAGAAAAUGAUGAAGAAGAAAUGGCCAUACCUUCUUCAAAUCUUAAGACGGAGCCUCCUAUAUCUAAAGAUGUUAAUGAUGGAGAUUUUCAGAGAACAUCUAACUCAGUGUUUACCAAUUCUCAAAAUACUAAUUCUACAGAAGCGACAGAUCAACCUAUAAAGAAUAUAUUAACAGAGAUCGCAGAUGAUCUCCACGAAGACUCUAAACCCACAGAGAUUAGGAGUCAGAAUGAAAUGACAAAAGCAAAAGAAUACUUUUCAAUUGAUGCUAAAGCUGAGGUAUUUUCAGGAACUGACUUCCCUUCAUCGCAGGAAACAAAGAAAACUUGUGAAGAUGGAACUGCAUCACCAUAUGAGAAGACGAUAGCGUUGUCAACUGAUUCAGAAUCAGAACAUGGUGAAGCUCAAAUAUCUGUACCGUUUUCAGUUGUGAAUAUAGAAGUUGAAGAUGUUGGUGUUGAAGACAUUCAAAAAGCUUCUCCAGAGAAACUUGUUGAGAUCACUCAAGAUUCAAGUUCUGGUUAUAGUGUAAGAAGGGAGCUUGAGCAACUUAUCUCUAAGAAGCAUUUGGGGUCAGAGAACUUGGCUCUGUUAAGCAAUUUCCUUGUGAAGCAUCCUUCUCUUCGUUUAGCAGACGAUGCCAUGAGUGAGAGAUACAAGGGCUUUGCCUACACUUGUCUGGCUGAGCUUUUGAAGUUUCUCCAAAGCCAUAGUGUGUUUAUGUCAAGCCACCCUGAAUUUGUUGAAUUGUUAAAAGAUCUGCGUAACUGUGGUUUCAAUAAGGAUUGGUUGGAUGAUGUUGAAAGACUCAAGCUACUUUGAUUCUGCAUUCGGAGGAUCUUAAGCAUCAACUUCAGGAACAUGAUCAGGCUCAAAGUUUCCAAGUCAGAACUACUUUGAGCACAAACUUGGCUAUCUCAUAUUAUUCUUCCGUUUCUUAUUAAUUUAUGUUGGUUGCGUUGAAACUUUGUUCUUAGCUUAUACUUUCCCGAACCUAUCAUCUUUUCUCAAAUAAAACCAUCAUCGUUUGUUUGUUUUAUUUUUCUUAAUACAUUUGGUCUUCGGAUA